AUGGCAGUUCGCAGGCAACGGCUGGUGCUCGUGGUGGCUGUUGCGUGCACUCUGUUCUUCCUCCUCCUGCAUCUUCGUGGAUCAGCCUUAGACGCUCUGCCCAGGGUAUCGUUUGGGAAUGAAGGAGUCCAUCCUCAUCGGCCAUUGAAGCCCGGGAAGGGACAUCUGAUCAACCCCAUUGCCAGCUUUAUUCCUCUUCCGACAGGGGUUCAAAUUCUCCCCAGAAUCCAACAUGAGUUCAAGGCCGAGGACGGGCUUGCUAGAGAGUCUCGACUGGCUCGUCUAGAGGCUAUCAAAGAGGCCAUGGUGCACUCGUGGAAUGGAUACCGAGAGAGGGCGUGGCUGCAAGAUGAGCUGGCGCCAGUCACGGGAGGUUAUAGGAGGUCUUUCGGGGAUUGGUCUUUGACGCUGGUAGAUGCGUUAGACACGCUCUGGCUGAUGGGUAUGGAAGACGAAUUUGAGGCCGCAGUCCAUGCUGUGGUCGGCAUUGACUUCAACACUGCCACCCAACUGCCCAUCAAUGUCUUCGAGACAACGAUCCGGCACCUGGGAGGGCUGCUCGGUGCGUACGAUGUGAGCAAUCGACGAUAUCCCGAAUUGCUCGACAAAGCCAUAGAGCUUGGUGAAAUGCUGUACGGUGCAUUCGACACUCCGAACCACAUGCCGGUCACGAAGUGGUCAAAGAUUGGUGUAGAAGGUGCAUCAGGCCACACGCUCGUUGCUGAACUCGGGACGUUGAGCCUGGAGUUUACCAGGCUCACGCAGCUGACCGGAGAGCCCAAGUAUUACGACGCGGUACAGCGCAUCUCCGACUGCCUAGAGAGCCAGCAGAACUACACAAGGGCACCGGGCCUUUUCCCACACAUCGUCAAUGCGAGAGAAUGCUGGUUCGGUGACGGGGUUUCUUUCUCCAUCGGCGCAUCUGCUGAUUCUGUCUACGAGUAUUUCCCCAAAGAAUAUCAGCUGCUCAGCGGCGCCAAUCAGCAGUACAAGAGACUCUAUGAAAUCGCCAAAGAUCCCAUAAAGAAGUUCAUUCUCUUCAAGCCCAUGACUCCUACCAACGAAGACAUUCUCAUGGCAGGUACAUUAAAGGCCUACAGGCCGGGCCACACCGAAGUGACGCCUCAGACUCAGCACCUCGCCUGCUUCGCUGGAGGCAUGUUCGCUUUGGCAGCAAAGCUCUUCAAUUCCCCUGAAGAUCUGGAGACGGCCACGAGAUUGGUCCGCGGCUGCAUGUGGGCGUACAAGCAGACUGCGACGGCCAUCAUGCCAGAGAUGUUUCACCUUAUAUCGUGUCCAACCGACGGAACUCCAUGCGAAUGGGAUGAGAAGGCCUGGUUCAAGCACAUGCUCCUCCUCAACACCCAGGACGAGAGUCCCCAGGACAAAAUGCUUCCGGAAGACGAACGCCUUCGCACGAAGUCUCAGCGGCUGCGCUUGCCCAAGGGAGUCUCGGCCAUCGCCGACCGUGCCUACGAACUGCGCCCCGAAGCGAUUGAGUCGAUCUUCGUCCUCUACCGGAUCACUGGGGAGGAGACCCUGCGUGAAGGUGCGUGGGAAAUGUUCGAGGCCAUCACCAAGCACACGCGCACAGAGUUUGGGUAUUCUUGCAUCGAGGACGUGACGCAGGCGGAGCCACGGCAGACGGACAAGAUGGAAAGCUUCUGGAUGGCGGAGACGCUCAAGUACUUUUGGCUGUUAUUCGAGGAUCCCAGCGUUGUGAGUCUCGACGAGUUCGUCUUGAACACGGAAGCGCAUCCGCUUCGACUCCCAAAGAAGAGAUGA